CGAACCUGGGAUGGCAACCUCCCUGGGAAGCUUCAGACAAUUCGUUUCUUCUUCGUCACUCCUUUAGUUCUGUUUCUUUCCCUCUUGUCUUUAAUAUUCUAUCCUUCAUUCUCUUGGAUUUGUAUUUACGCGUAUUCUCAGAGAGCUUCUAUUCGGGAGCGCGUCCUGCUUGAUGACUACGAACUGGAGAUCCCUUCUCUAUAAUUUGAUACCGACGAGAGGGCUUCGUCUAAUAAUCACCGAUUCCUACAGCACGGCUUCAGCGAUCCUAGAGCAUCUUCUAUCCCUUUCAUUCUAUUAGGCGAAUGCUUUUCUUUUCGAGUAUCCGCCCAUCCCUUCGAUAGACUCGUUUUGUAUUUUUUUGUCGUCGUGUUUCUGUCAAUCCCUACCAUAUCUUCAUCUUCACCAUCUGCCCCCCUUAUUCUCGUCAGGGACGUUCCGGAAGGAGCCACCUAAGGUGUCCGUCCUCCGAGCCGUCAUCGACAUGACACCCGAUCCCAGCCCAAGGAACGACGGAUCACAGUCUGCAGGGAGACCGAGAGCUCCUACGAUCACCAUCGACACCACAGGCACCGACGCCUGGGAAGCCUCGCCGGAAUCCAUUGCCCAGGACCAGUCAAGACAACCAGGAGCAAGCCCCGUCUUAGCCCAGGAUGAGUCCAUCAGCCCCACGACUACCUUGGACCCAAUAGCUGGAGAUUGGACUGCUUCUCGUACCCGAUCUGCCACUCGGACAAUUUCUCGAUUCGAUCUCCGUGCCGAGACCUCCUUCGACAGCAGGGACAGCCGUCCUCAGAGUCCCCACAACGUCUCAACUCCCGUUGCUGUCUCGAGGGGCAAUGACCGCGCAUUUCUUGCCGUCCCCCCGAAUCCGCGGUCGAGACAAAACUCGGUCGAUUCCGAUGAUGCCUCUCGUUCCAUUCUCUCGUCGCAGGGCGAGACUCUGGUUCCCUCCGCCGUCUCGGAGAAGUCCGGCACCGCCGAUCACCUCUCCAACGACGAGCUGAUGAACGACGACAAGGCCUUGAAACCAGAUCAGGGGAAAGAAGCUGAGUUCGAAGUGGAAGACAGCCCUUACGCCUUCAGCCCUGGUCAACUGAACAAGCUUCUAAACCCCAAGAGUCUGGCCGCCUUCUACAGAAUCGGUGGUCUCACUGGUCUCGAGAAGGGGAUCCAGAGCGACCGAAAAGCCGGCCUGGGCGUGGACGAGACCACGGCUGCCCGGCGCGUAACCUUCGAGCAGGCUACGGCACACGUCGGCCGCACGCAUCACACGGGCGAUCCGGAGGAAGUUGAUGUGGGAGAUACGAAAGAGGCAGCGGGAGCCUCUCUUAGUACCUCCAGCAGUCGCCCCAACGUGACCAGCCCUGGGAAAGGGGCCUUCACGGACAGAAAACGAGUGUUCAAGGACAAUCGGCUGCCCGAAAAGAAGGGCAAAAGCUUACUCCAGUUAAUGUGGAUCACGUACCAAGACAAAGUGCUGAUGCUCCUCACCGCAGCUGCGGUCGUGUCCCUGGCCAUUGGCAUAUAUCAGACAGUUGGCAUAAAGCAUGACCCAGGCGAACCUCAGAUAGAAUGGGUGGAGGGUGUCGCCAUCGUCAUUGCAAUCGUCAUUGUCGUCAUUGUCGGAUCGCUUAACGACUACUCCAAGGAGCGUCAGUUUGCCAAACUGAACAGGAAAAAGCAGGACCGUGAGGUCAAGGUUAUCCGGUCUGGGAAGACCAUGGAGAUCUCCGUUUUUGACAUUCUCGUUGGCGAUGUCGUCCACCUCGAACCCGGGGACCUGGUUCCGGUUGACGGCCUUCUCAUUGAGGGCUUUAACGUCAAGUGUGACGAGUCCCAGGCCACGGGCGAGUCGGACAUCAUCAAAAAGAGAGCCGCCGAAGACGUUUUCUCUGCUAUCGAGAACCGCGAGGAUGUCACCAACAUGGACCCGUUUAUCCUGUCCGGAGCCCGCGUUAUGGAAGGCGUCGGCACUUUCAUGGUGACUUCGACGGGUGUAAACUCGACCUACGGCCAGACCCUCAUGUCCCUGGCCGAAGAUCCCGAGGUCACACCUCUGCAGUCGAAGCUUAACAUCAUCGCCGAAUACAUCGCGAAAAUCGGAGGUGCCGCAGGUCUGUUGCUCUUCAUUGUUCUCUUUAUCCGGUUCCUCGUCCGCCUUCCAAACAUGUCGGACGAAACGCCUACCGAGAAAGGACAGAUGUUUAUUAAUAUUUUCAUCGUCGUCGUGACUAUCAUCGUGGUCGCAGUACCCGAAGGCCUCCCGCUCGCCGUUACCCUGGCCCUGGCAUUUGCCACCACCCGAAUGCUCAAGGACAACAACCUCGUCAGGCACCUCAAAGCCUGUGAGGUGAUGGGGAAUGCGACCAAUAUCUGCUCUGACAAGACGGGAACCUUGACGCAAAAUAAGAUGCAGGUGGUGGCCGCGACCAUUGGCACAACGCACCGAUUCGGCGCCCACUCCUCCGCAGGAUCCGACAGCAGAGGAGAGACCGCCGAUUCCACUGGGAGCGAUGUAUCGGUUUCUAAGUUCGUCGAGACGCUCAGCGCUGAGGUCAAGGAAAUGCUGGUCAAGUCAAUCUCCUUCAACUCCACCGCCUUUGAAGGCGAAGUCGACGGCAAGAAAACCUUCAUAGGCUCCAAGACGGAAACGGCCCUGCUCUUACUGGCCCAGAACCAUCUCGGCAUGCGUCCCGUUAGCGAAGAGCGUGCCAGCGUUCGUACGCUGCACCUUAUUCCGUUCGACUCGGGUCGGAAGUGUAUGGGUAUUGUCGUUUCGUUAGCCGAUGGCGGGGCUCGCCUCUAUGUCAAGGGCGCCUCGGAAAUCGUGCUCAAUAAGUGUACGCACAUCUUCGGCAAUCCGUCGGCCGAUGCCUCGCUCGUUCCCAUGACAAGCGAGGACCACGAGUCGAUCAACGCCCUGAUUCAUAGCUACGCAUCUCGAAGUCUUCGCACCAUUGGCCUUGCAUACAGGGACUUCAACAGAUGGCCCCCUCGUCCCCCCCGCCGCCAUGACGGGGACAGGAGUGAGGUCGAGUUCGAGGACAUUUUUCGGCGCAUGGCGUUCAUCGGCGUGGUUGGCAUUCAGGACCCGCUCCGUGACGGGGUUCCAGGAGCUGUUCGUACCUGUCAGAGGGCAGGCGUUUGCGUUCGCAUGGUGACGGGCGACAACAAGGUCACGGCAAAGGCCAUUGCCCAGGAAUGUGGCAUCCUGCAGGCCAACAGUCUCGUCAUGGAAGGGCCCGAGUUUCGCAACUUGUCCAAAUCGGAACAAGAGGAGAUCAUCCCCCGUCUCCACGUCCUAGCCCGGUCGAGCCCCGAAGAUAAGCGUAUCCUGGUUAAGCGUUUGAAGGAUCAAGGCGAAAUUGUUGCCGUUACUGGUGACGGUACCAACGAUGCUCCCGCGCUAAAGACGGCCGACGUCGGCUUCUCCAUGGGCAUUGCGGGCACCGAGGUAGCCAAGGAGGCGUCAGCUAUCAUUCUCAUGGACGAUGACUUCAAUUCAAUCGUCAAGGCCCUGAUGUGGGGGCGUGCAGUCAACGAUGCUGUUAAGCGGUUUCUGCAAUUCCAGCUGACAGUAAACGUGACGGCCGUUGUUCUGACCUUUGUCACGGCUGUGUCUCACGAAGCAUCCGUGCUAACGGCCGUGCAGCUCCUGUGGGUGAAUCUCAUCAUGGAUACCCUCGCUGCUCUCGCCCUCGCCACGGAUCCGCCGCAGAAGAGCGUCCUGAACAGGCGGCCAGAACGACGCGACGCGUCCAUCAUAUCGACGACGAUGUGGAAGAUGAUCCUCGGUCAGGCGGCGUACCAACUAGCUAUUACCUUUAUGCUCUUCUACGGCGGCUCCAGAAUCCUACCUGCCGGGAACGAGAUGAACCUGGAACCGGAAGCUUUCCAGGCCCAGGUAAACACGGUAGUGUUCAACACGUUUGUGUGGAUGCAAAUUUUCAACCAGUGGAACAACCGACGCCUGGACAAUAAAUUCAACAUCUUUGAAGGUCUCACGAAGAACUACUUCUUUAUGGGUAUCAGCUGCGUUAUGAUCGGCGGCCAGAUCUUGAUCAUCUUCGUGGGUGGCCCGGCCUUGCAGAUAUCUAGACACGGACAGACCCCGUCGCAAUGGGGCGUCGCCAUUGUCUUGGGUUUUCUGUCGAUUCCAGUCGGUAUGCUUAUCCGCCUGAUACCCGACAAGUUCAUGAGGCGGCUCGUGCCGGACUACCUGAAGCGGCGAGCCAAGGAGCGGCUGCCCGGGGUGACGGUGUCGGACGAAGAGCGGUUCAGCAUGUACCCGGAACCCCUGGCGGAUGUGCGUGACGAACUGGCGUUCCUCAAGCGCAUGAAGGGCGGGCGCCUGAACAACCUCAAGUUCGCGGUCCGGCAUCCGCGGGAGACGUUUGCUUCGUACUCGCGUAGCCCGUCGCACUCGCGGGCCAACUCGCUCAAAACGCCAGUCACUCCUCAGCGGCAGAACAGCUUCAGUUCGAUGCAGCAGCAACCUCUAGCGGCAACACCCAACUCGAGGAGGCGGUCGAGGAGCAAUCGCAGCCGGUCCAACUCGGCGCUGGGGGCGCCAACCGUCAUGGCCGGUCUGGUAGCGGCCGGUGUAGCAGCUGGGUGGCCGCCAGUAGACGGAAGGGGCCGGCGCGGCGAGGCUACAGGAGGCGAAGACAGGGAAGGGACACUCGGGCAGAAUUCGGCGUCUGGUGGCGGCAUUAGCAAUCAAGUCACCCAGACAACAGAACCAUCGCAACAACUAGAGAAGGGCAAGGCGUCAUCGGAGUGAUCGCAUAACCCUACCGAAAGGAGUUUCUUCAAAGGGCGGCGAUCCGUUUGUAAUCUAGAACUGGGAGAGGCGCAUUUGGUGCGGCGUUUGUUUCGGUUGCUUGUGCGGACAGGGACCAACAUUCCUUUUGUGUAUUUGUACGAUACCUAAAGAGAGGAUAAGUUAUUGGUGCGAUUUCUUACUUGGGCGAUUCUUUUUGCGUUCUCAUUUGUCUGUCCUGCCGUUGCUCUGUGGCAGUUGAAGUGGAGGAGAGAAACCUAAAUAAAGCAUCUUGAAUCGGGGUCGGCCCAUACAGAUCAUGCCCUGCCAACAGCGACGGAUGGGAAGAUAACCCAAGGUAGUGAUAUAAGAGAAGCUCGUUGCAAGAGUUGGCUGCAUCCGCAUGGUUAUAAGCAUCACACCACCCAAAAUGAGAUUGAGAUAUAUAUACCUGGGUACUCCAAUGUUGAGCAGGCA